AUGGACAGUAGUUCCAAGCCUGAUGCCCAGUUUUGUUUUGAACAAAUACUUCCAGAUCUUCAAGAAACGGUGACCUACAUCGGUAACAGCACAUCUCUAAAGCAGGAUCAUCACAACAAGUUAAUAUGGCUAUCCAAGCAGCUAACCUCUAUCAAAAAUGAGGUGAUUCGCGUAUUAGACGUGUCUAUUGAUGAACCUCAUAUGUUAUCCUUUAUGGAAUGGUUAGCCAAGGGUAAGAAGGCUUAUUAUGAUCUGGUGGACAUAGUAAACAAGAUCGAACCAUCGUUAUCACACUUACUAGAUUUGGUGGAAUUAGUAUUAAUGUCGCCAGAAUUAGUUAACGAAUGCGAUGGACUUUUCGAUCUAAUUGAAGAUUGUACAGCUCUUGCUGUGGAAUUGAAGGUACGGCUAAACUCCAAGAUGCCAUUGUUAGAAGCUUCACUUGAGUUCGAUGAAAUCUCUAAAGAUAAUAUCGAUACGUUAGGAAUAGUCAUCGAUACGAAUAUUAAUCAGUGCUUUGAAGUACAGGAGGAAAGGUUCACUUCACCUGUACGACAUCCUCCAUCAUUUACCUUAAAGCAUGUGGUUAGAUUACUAGCGUCUCAUACGGAUACCGCUGAAGCUACGAUACCGACAUUUUCGCCUAUAGAAGAAGUUCUCUCUAGGAAAUAUUUGGAUAUCAAACGAACAGUGUCACCGAUCAGUAAGAGUCUUACCGAGAUUUUACCCGCUAGGAUUGACCAUUUUAGUAAACGUACCAUAAUACACAUCGACCAUUUGACCAAUCUUUUGAAGGAGAAACAUAGAGAGGUGCUUGAUAAACAUAAUAUAAUGGUUAAGGAAAUACGGGAACUGAAAAGAGAAUUGGUAGAUAAACGAUGGAAUUUACUUUUUCUCAAUUUGAAUCACGAAUUACAGUCGAUACUGGGUGAAAUUGAGCAUUUGGAAUCCAAAGUUCAUGACUAUGGAAACAAUUUAGAAGCCCAAGACAAAGUUAAAAAACAAUUACGAAGCAAGACUAACAUAGUUACCAAGACAUUUAAUGUGAUUUACAGAGCAUUGGAAUUUUCACUGCUAGAUGUUGAGGUCGCAUCUACUACUAAUGAAUUGGCACAAAGAUGGUUAGAUAUGAGACCACAGAGUGAUAGAGUAUUAAGUGCCUCAUCUUCAUUCCUUGAAGAAUCGAGCUUCGACUCUUUGUCAUCAAGAUUCAGAUCGCUUUCUAUGGGGAGUACAGAAACUGCAGAUACUGAACAGAGCUCACUACCCCCACAGCCAGCUAGAGGUAAAUUUGGUGCCUUACUGCUGAAGAAGAUGAAUAUUAAACCAGUCAUGGUCACGUCACCCACCCAAAACGACGUUAACAAUCCAUUUCUGAACAAUUUACCUUCGCCCAAAGAUGAAGCAAUAUCGAGAUCAUCAAGUCUUUCGAUGGAACCGGUACCACAACUUGCAUUUAAAAAACCUGAAGCCAUACUAGAAAGACCAGAAACCCCAGUAGAAAAAUCAGAUCUUCUUUUGGAAAGGCCAGAGACUCCAAUGCCAGACGACGAUAUCACCAGUAUUGUCACCUCUAUUAAAAAUCAUGGAUGCUUAGAAGAUCUGGAAGUAGAGAAAAUAAACUACUAUGCACAGAUGCCAUCUCAUAUCCCCAAAUUACAAAACCAUGCAUCCUUUAAAUUCAAUUGGCGUCCACCUGAGAAGUCUAAUCCACCAUGGGCACCUUAUACAUUCACAUACAACAAUAACAGCGAUGGUGUUGGUCAUCUCUUACCCCCCACACCAUUAAAAGAUAUAUUGAUGACUAAAACGCACUUGCUAGCGACUCAUGACAAUAGUUUUAUGACCAAAAUAUAA